UUGCCUCCAUUUUCCCCAUUCCAAUCCCCCCAAAAUAAAUAAAUAAAUAAAAAUAUUUUUCAUCCUCUUCAUGGCUUCCUAAUCCAUAAAUCAUCAAAACCAGCAUCAUCAGCUUGAAUCAUAAAAAACAUGGUUCGAGUUGUGGAAGAAGAAAAGGAGAAUUCCAAAGGAAUGAGUGAAAAUGGAGGAGGAAGCACCAACAGCCCCCCUAAGGCGGCCUCAGACAAACACCCAUCAGACAUAGCUAUGAUGAAGGAGAGGUUUGCAAAGUUACUUCUCGGAGAAGAUAUGUCAGGUGGAGGAAAGGGUGUUUCAUCAGCAUUGGCAUUAUCAAAUGCCAUCACAAAUACAGCAGCUUCUGUGUUUGGAGAAAUAAAGAAAUUAGAGCCAAUGCCGCCCGAAAGGAAGGCGAGAUGGAGAAAGGAAAUUGAUUGGCUUUUAUCUGUCACUGAUUACAUUGUUGAACUUGUUCCUUCCAAACAGAAGCUUAAAGAUGGAACAGUCAUGGAGAUUAUGGUAACAAGGCAGAGAAAUGAUCUACACAUGGACAUUCCUGCGCUUCGCAAGCUAGAUGGAAUGCUUGUUGCCUGUCUUGAUAGCUUUAAAGAUCAAAACGAGUUCUACUAUGCAUCCAAGGAUGAUCCAGACUCGAAAGGAAAGGGCAGGAAAGACGAUAAAUGGUGGUUACCUAUUCCAAAAGUCCCUCCUAAUGGCUUGUCUGAAGCUUCAAAGAAAUGGAUACAAUCUCAGAAGGAAUCAGUAAACCAGGUGCAUAAAGCAGCUAUGGCUAUAAAUGCUCAAGUCCUUGCAGAAAUGGAGAUCCCCGAGAGUUAUAUAGAAUCUCUGCCAAAGAAUGGGAGAGCAAGCCUUGGGGACUCGAUUUAUAGGUGCAUCACGGAUGAAUAUUUCGAUCCAGAUUAUUUUCUGACGUCCAUGGACUUAGCUUCAGAACAUAAAAUCCUAGACCUUAAAGAUAGAAUUGAGGCUUCUGUAGUGAUUUGGAAAAGGAAGAUGAAUGCUAAGAACGAGAAAUCGACUUGGAGCUCUGCUGUGAGUAUUGAGAAAAGAGAGCUGUUUGAAGAGCGAGCAGAGACGAUAUUGCUCAUUCUCAAGCAUCGUUUCCCCGGAAUUCCUCAGUCUUCCCUAGACAUCAGCAAAAUCCAAUAUAACCGAGAUGUGGGGCAUGCAAUUCUGGAGAGCUAUUCGCGAAUAAUUGAAAGCCUGGCAUUCACGGUCUUAUCACGGAUAGAAGAUGUCCUCCACGCGGAUGAACUUGCAACGAAUCCCCCAGAAGGGGAAAAGAAGGGCUGCAGCACUCCAACCGAAUCAGAAGAAGGCGGGGAGAGGGCUUCUGCAGACAGAACAACAUCGAUGACAUUGUUGGAUUUCAUGGGAUGGGGGCUGGAUCAAGCAGAUUGUGACAUGAAGAAAGAAAGUAGCGAAGAGUCGUUGGCCAAAGAAGACGACAUGGCAGCAAAUAAGCCACCGGACAUAGCAGCAGCCAACAAGAAAGGUACCUACGUUGAGACCAUAGGCGGUUUUGGAAGUCCCAUAGCACGCCACUAAACACCGAUUCAACCUCAAGCUCAGACGGAUCAAAUUAAACCCCAACUGCCACUUCACUCGGUAAUAUAAUCCAUUUUGUAAGUAGUGAAAGUUAGUAGAUUUACUUGGUGCAAAGUGGUUUUUGGGACAUGAUUGAUUGAAGCCAACCUUCUUCCAAAACCUUCAAUUUAUUAUACUUUGGAGUACUGGAAUAGUACGUGUAUGGUCUUUGAGAACUCGGGGUUGUACUGAUUAUAUAUACUUCCACUACUACUUCAAUUGGUAGAAUGAGAAAUUCCUUUGACAACCUAA